AUGCAGGGGUGCCAGCCUGAGCCCUUUCCCGCCACCGUCUACUCUGUCAUAUUCUAUUUCUUGGGAACCAAGAUGAAAGCUCAAGUCAUCCUCCAACUCCUUGGCCUCGCUGCCACUGCCGCCGCGGUCCCUCCUCGCCCGGAACAGGGCGAAGAGACCUUCCUCGUCCAGCUCGAGACAGGGCAGAGAUGGGUGACGCAGGAGGAGAAGCGCAGCCUUCGCCUUGCAGGCACGGGGUUCAUUGACAAAACCUACUCUCCAAACCUCGACGCCUCGAGCCUUACAGCCGCGGCCAAGAAAUACACAUAUCCAAGCUCCGCCUCACACGACGCGGCCGUCAAGCCGCUCUUCAGCUCCCUGUCGACUGACCUCCUGAAGUCCCGGCUCACGACCUUCUCCGAGUUCCAAAACCGCUACUACAAGGGCGGGUACGGCGCUCAGUCCUCAGCCUGGCUCCUCGACAUAGUGAACGCCACGCUCGUCGAGGCGGGCGUGACUUCGAGCCUCGGUGCCACGGUUGAGGCGUUCUCGCACCCUAAAUGGAACCAGGACUCCGUCAUCGCCAAGAUCCCCGGCAAAACGGCCUCGACGAUCGUCAUCGGCGCCCACCAGGACAGCGUCAACUGGAAGGCGUCCAACCAGCAGACGUCCCGCGCCCCCGGGGCGGAUGAUAAUGGGUCUGGGUCCAUGACGAUUCUGGAGUCCCUCCGUGUCUACCUGACUUCGCCGGAGGUCCUGGCUGGCGAGGCUGUCAACACGGUCGAGUUCCACUGGUACUCCGCCGAGGAGGCGGGCCUGCUGGGGUCGCAGGCUGUGUUCGAUGCCUAUGCUGCCGAGGGUCGUGAUGUCGCUGCCAUGCUGGAGCAGGACAUGACUGGAUACUCCGCCGGCAUGCAGACAGAGACUCUCGGGGUUGUGACGGACUAUGUGAACAAGGAACUAACGGAGUUCAUCAAGAUGAUUGUGGAUACCUAUUGUGACAUACCUUAUGCGGAGACAAAGUGUGGUUAUGCCUGCUCCGAUUUCGCCUCCGCAACUGAGGCCGGUUACCAGUCGGCCUUUGUUAUCGAGGCGCCGUUCGAGAAGACUUCUCCAUAUAUACACUCGAGCGAGGACACGCUCGCGACGGUAAACUAUGCUCACAUGGUGCAGCAUGGGCAGAUGACACUGGGAUUUGUAUUUGAGCUUGCCUUCACCGAGUUCUGA